GCAGAGCGCGCGGCACCGUCCCGGAUUACCGACUCCUCUCUUUCUCUUUUUCUACCCAAACCCCCGCUGCUUUCUCUCCAUGACGCUGGGCUCCUCUCCGUGAUUUCUUCGCCAUGAGCUGCCUGGAUGUGAUGUACCAAGUGUUUGGUCCUCAGCCUUAUUUCAGCUCCUACAGCCCUUACCACCACCAGAAACUGGCCUUGUAUUCCAAAAUGCAAGAUCCCCAGGAGAGCAGCAGCAGGCAGCUGCCCCCCCCGGGGCCCCCGGGGCCCCCGGCCAUCAAAGAGGAGGACAAGGAUCUGCCGCCGGGCGCCGAGUACUUGGGCGCCCGCUGUGUUCUCUUCAGCUACUUCCAGGGAGACAUCAGCAGCGUGGUGGACGAGCACUUCAGCCGCGCCCUCAGCCAGACGGCCGCAUACCCGCCGCCCAGCAGCCACAAGGCCCUGAGAGGUGGACGGGUCGUUCCCGAUGAGCCAGAGGAGUUUUCCUCCCUCCUUCUGGAACAGCUCCUCCUCCCUUUCGGCGCCCCACCCGGACCUCUCCUUCCCGGGGGACCCCUACAGCACCCACCUGCCCCCGCCGCACCCCGCGCCCCCGCCCCCCCCCCCCCCCCCCCCCCCCCCCCCCACCCCCCGUCCUUUCGGGGGGGGGCCCUGGGCGCCCAGGGCUCCGCCUACCGCGCUCCACACGAGGUUUACGGCCCCGCCUUCGACCCGCGCUACGGAUCCCUGCUGCUGCCCUCCGUACGAACGCACCCCCGCCUGGCCCCGCCCGCCCGGGAGGCGCCGGGGGGGGCCGCCGGCGCGCCCUGCGACCCGGGACAGAAGGGGGAGGCGGGCGCCGUGGCGACGGCCUGGAGCGGAGCCUUUACGGGAGCAGGGGCCGAGAUCGGACUCAAUAUGGACACAGGUAUGGACACAGAAAGCUCUGUGUUUCGGAGGCCUGCUGAGCUGAACGCCGGCGGUUUUGGGAUACAAACAAAAGGUGGACUCGCAGGAGAGGAGGGAGGAGGAAAACCUGACCCGGACAGAGACCGGGACUCUCUUUGUGCCUCUGAAACAGGCCGGGACAACAUUCCUAAAGACUUGGCAGGACUGGCCUCACUGGGCCAACUGGGAGACACUGGGAGACUGUUAUGGCUGGAGAACCGGCCCCCGUCGGUGUCGGGGAGUCUGGAAGACGAUGAAGGCCCGAGUCCAGACAUUUUCGAUUUGCACGGAGUCGUGUUCCAAUCGGACGUCCCGACGCGGUUCUGGUCUAAAGAACCGUUUCGGCCGGGACGGCGGCCCGGGGUUAAAAGAUGUCCGGUGGACGGCUCCAGAACGAUGCUGGAAAGCCUUUCGAAAUGGUUUUUGAGACCUUUGCAGACGCGUCUAUACAGACUUCUAAAGCCGUGCCGGGACGAGAGGUGA